GACCACGCGCGACGUUGCCACGGCAACGUUGACAACAGAGAGAGAGAGAGAGGCCGGUGCCAUGGACGAGGAGGCGACCCCGGCUCCCAGGGCCCGCCGCGUCUUCAUCAACCGCAUCGACUCGUUCCUGGGUAGAAGCCUCGCGCGGCAUUUGUCGGGCUGUGUGGUCGGAGCAUCCUUGGAAAGCAUGGAAGGGAUGGAAGAGGAGGAUGAAGAAGAGGAGGCGCAUGAUGAGAUGGAUGGGGAAGGAUCUGGACAGGGCCCAUCAAAGGCAGCUCGUGUAAAGAUGACUUACCAGGUUGUGGGCACCCUUAGACAACCAGAAAGCCCGGAACCUGAUUUUGUGCAGCAAAUCGUGAAGCCUUCGUCACGCGAAGACCUGCUUUACCACCUGAUGGAGUGUGACAUCAUUGUUUAUAACAUCACGGAGGAUGCCGAUCAGACAGAGGAAGCGUCCUGGGCGGUCACUGAGAUUCAUGAGAAGUUGAAAAGCUUUGAAAAUCCCAAGGUGUUUGUUCUGUUGUCGACAAUAAUGACAUGGGCACGCACCAGGCCUCUGGACCCUGAUGAUCCAGAGCUGGACUUCACGGAGGAAGAUUACCGGAGGAGGAAGCCCCAUCCCAACUUUACACAGGAGAUAGAUGUAGAGAGACUUGUCAUCAAGCUGGGAAAAACGAAUAAAACCACGUUCUCCACCUUUGUGCUGGCAUGUGGCCUCAUGUAUGGAAUGGGAGAGAGUGUUUUUCAUCACUUCUUCAAGACAGCGUGGCUUGGAGAAUUGUCUGCCCUGCCUAUAUACGGACCCGGAAGCAACAUUGUCCCAACUAUUCACGUUAAAGACGUAGCAGGUGUGGUGCAGAAUAUAUUGGACAGAAAACCAAAGGUGCACUACUUGCUUGCUACAGACAGCUCAAAGCACACACUGGAGGAGCUAGUCAAGGCCAUCAGCAAACACUUGGGACCGGGUAAAACCAUUAAAGUGCCCAAGGAAGAAGCACUCCUGUUAAGAGACCUCAUGCAAUCGGAUUACGACCACCUGCUCGUGAAUCUGCGAUUCGAUGCGCAGUUCUUGCGCGGGGGCAUGAACAUCCACUGGGUUGCUGAGGGUGGCCUGGUGGAGAACAUCGCCACCAUCGUCAGGGAGUACAAGGAGACACGAGGGCUGCUGCCCAUGCGUGGCUGCGUGCUUGGCCCGCCUGCCGUGGGGAAGACCUCCCUGGUGGAGAAACUCUGCAAGCACUACAGGCUGCACCACAUUAAGGCCAAGGACGUCAUAGAUGAGGCCAUCGAGAGGCUGGAGAGGAUAGCAGCUCGGGCACAGAAGGAGGGUGAAGAGGAGGAACACAGAGAGACGGGGGAGGAGGAGGACGAAGGAGGAGAAGCAGAGGAAGAGGGGGAAUCAGCUCAGGAUGCUCAGGAGCUGCUGGAAGCUGUGAAGGAAAGCUUGGAACAAAACAAUGGUCGGCUUGAGGACACGUACCUCGUGAGGUUCUUCAAGGAGAAGCUGCGGUCCAUGUCGUGCCAGAACCAAGGGUUCAUUUUGGACGGUUUUCCCAAAACCUACGCCCAGGCCAAGGAGCUGUUCACUGGGGAAGACGAUGCUGAGGAGGAGGAAGACGCAAUAUCAGGCAAAGAAAAUUACUACGACAAGAGCAUCAUACCAGACUUGGUGGUUUCCCUGGAGGCCCCGGACGAGUUCCUGCGUGACCGCGUGAUGAACCUGCCCGAGGCCGUGGUGGCCGGCACUCACUACACCGAGGAGGCCACUCUGCGCCGGCUGGCCGCUUUCCGCGCGCACAACACCGUCGACGAGACCAUCCUCAACUACUUUGAAGAGCAGAGCGUCGCCGUCGCGCACUACGAUGUAACCAAGGAAGAUGCUGAAUUCCUGCUGCUGGUACACCAGCUGCUCAAACGGAUGGGCGAGCCGCGCAACUACGGCCUGACCGCCGAAGAGAGGGAAGAAAUCUUCCGGCGUGCGGCGGAGGAGAGGAUGAGGCAGGAAGCCGAGAAGUGGGCCGAGUGGGAGAGACACGAGGUGGUGGAGGCGGUGGAGAGGGAACGCAAGCUCAACGAGUGGCAAGCCAAGCUGGAAGCAGAGAGGCGGCGGGAGCAGGAGCUCCUGGCCCGCGAGACGGUCCCCCUGCGCGAGUAUCUGCUCGCACACGUGAUGCCCACGCUCACCACGGGGCUCAUCGAGUGCUGCUCCGUGCGACCCCCAGACCCCGUCGAUUUCCUGGCGGAGUAUAUAUUCAAGAACAAUCCUCAGGCUGACUAAGUCAAGCUGAUCCACCCUCACAGAACGGUCCACAGAGCUCUUUAAACGCAAGCCAUGCAUGUGAAUUACAUUUAACAUUAAAAAAAGAACACCACUGUUAUAAAAUUGUCACAAUAUAAAUAUUUUAAGACAGGAACAUAAUACAAAACACAAGUUCUCAAGUUUAAGAAGCAUUUUAAUUGAGAGCCUGCACAAAUAUACUUUUUUGUGUGAUAAAGGUUAACAUAAAUACAUGUUUUAAUAAAAAAAAUGUGUUUGGCAGAGUGCAUAAUGUUUAUUUAACAAUCGUUAUGACGACGGAUAAACAAACACAAGUGGUGUA